UUUUCGACAAAAACCGAAACUGUCCGAAAUUGAUUAAAAAUGGCCGAGUAGCUGUCACUAUUUCAGUCAAUUCAACUAAUUUUGUAAAUAAACCUUUGAACAGUGUUAUUUUUAAUGGUUUAUAAUGGAUACGGGUUGGACACCAGGAGUUAGUCGAUCAAAGCCCAAAGGGGCUAUAAAAGAUCCUUUGGAUGAUCUUGGAGAUUUGUUGGAAGAUGAUUAUGCCAGUCCUCCUAAAAAGAAGUCCACCCUCAGUGGUACCUCCAACAGGCAACAAUUCUCAGCCAAAAAACAAAGCUCUAAAGAUGAGGACUUCUACAGCAGUCUUGCCCAGGCUGCAGAGGAGGGGGACCUAUCUGAUGUGUCUGAAGCCGAUGUCAAUAAAAUGGCAAAAAGCAUUGCUGACCUUGAUGACCUUGAUGCCGACCUUUUCCAAGCAGCUGGCAGUACCAAAACUCCUAAGCGUGGGAGUUUAAAGGACAAAUCUGGAAAAUCGGGGACCCCAAGGCGUUCGACCACCCCUAGAUCCCGCGGGGGCACCCCACGGGCUUCCUCACCCCCUCUCAGGAUGACUUCUCCUGGGAAUAGAGUGAUUUCCCCUAGUCAUCAAAGAGUAACUUCCCCUCCUGGCAGGGGCACCCCAACCGGGAAAGAGGCCUCUGGGGGUAUUGAUACCAACAGGCCAGGAAGUGGUUCGAGAAGGUCACCAUCAAGGAAACCGCAAUCCCCACAGACUGAAUACAUAUCAGAAUAUAGGCCAACCACAGCUCCUGGGAAAAUGACAGAUCUGAAUGAGCGGGCCAGUGUAACCCUGAAGCCUGGUGAUGGUGCACAGGAGAGGCCUAGAACUGUGCCCAAAUCUAAGUCUCUAGACUUUGGGGACUUUGAUGCUGAUGACCCCUUGGCAGGAAUCCCCCUGUCUGACGAGGAAGAGGAUCUUGGUUUGCCAACCAAGAAAUCAGCAGCUAAACAACAACAACAACAAAAAGCCUCGGAGGAAAAGCCUUCACCACGGUCAGCUAAUACUGAAAAACUAGAUUCACCCAGGCGGAGCUUAUUUGACCGACCCCCAACUCGCAGUGGCAGCAACAACACUCAGUCUGAGGCCCUAGACAAAACUCUGGAAACAGUCAUACAAAAACAGCCUCCUAAACCUGCCCUUGCCAAGAAGAAAUCAGAGGAGGCCCUCUUUAGUGACGAUGAUGACUUCCUAGGAGGAUUGGGUAUUGAAGAGAAAGGCCACGCCCCACAGCCACAAGUCAAAAAGCCCGUAGACGACGAUGAAAAUCGGCCCGCCAAGUCAGCUAUGGAUAAAUUACUGGGGAAGGACUCUGUCACAAAACAUCUGGAGGGCUCUAAGGAGAGAAAGGAGUUUGUUUUGGACUCCAAGUAUACACAGCCUGUGAAGGAAUCAGAAGACGACUACCUGUUUGGAAGUUACAUGCCGUCUGCUGUGGCCUCGAAUAGCAGCUCUCGGCCUACAUCAAAACGAUCUGUCAGAUUUCAAGACGAUGAUGACAUAUUCGGUCUUGGUGAUUCACCACCCAAACCACGAGGCACAAGCACACCGGCAAAGAAAGCAGACGAUGGACUAGACUGGUUAGAGAUGGCCACAGGGGGCAAAACUGCCGAAAAACCAGCUGAAAAGCCAGCAGAAAAACCUGUCACAAAACAACUGGAGGUGACGAAGCCGUCUACUGCUCCCAGCCCUGGGAAGUCAAACAAGGCAGCUGAUUGGCUGGGAUUGAAGGACGAUGAUGAUGAUGAGGAGGAGUAUGAUUUUCUGAAGGCGUCAUCUUUCUCAGCUCCUGCUCGGCAAGGCCCACCUACAUUUCAGACAAAACAGCAGGAGGCACCAAAGCCCACAGGCCAGGUCGGAGCCCAGAAAACAGGAGUGGGAAGGCCGGAGCCCACAGCGGGAAAAGCUGAUGACAGGAAAUCAGCUCCCAUGGGAAAAGCUGACUAUCUGGGCCUCGGGGAGGAAGUGGACCCUAGUAAGCUGAUGAGGACUAGGUCAGAUGCGCCAAAAUUUGGCGUUGGCUCUGAUCCGACUGACGUUCUGAAAGAGGACGAUAUUUUUGUUUCUCCACGUACUAGCGAAAAGCCUGAUCAGGCUGACAGUGAAGAUGAGGAUUAUGAGAGUGGUUGUAAGCCGUUGUUUGAGUCGGCCUCACGACAGAGACAGAUGUCACCGCGGCUCAAAAAAGACAACCAAAGACAUACUAGUCCUCGCAGUCCGGAAAGGAAAGCCCUGGACACCAGCCCUAGAACACGGUCCCUUGCUGAUCAGAUCAACCAUGCUGUUGAGCCACAACCCGCCAAACAAGGCACACAUGACUUUGGGACCCAUCAGCCCGCUGCCCCCCAAGCCCAGCUUCAGUCAGCCCAGACCCAAUCCCAGCCAGCCACUGGAGGAGAGGAUGAACUCAACUCUUCCACAGACUUCUUUAGUUUUAAGAAGAAGGAACCAGUCAUGUCAACUGGGGAGACACAGUCAGGAAAUCAGAAUGGUUUACAGUUAUCAACUGGUUUUCCAUCAGAACUGCAGACUGGUUUACAAUCAGGGUUACAGUCAACUUAUUUACCCCCUCCAAGUACAGCAUCUAGUCAGCCUGAUUAUCUUGCUGGUAACCUACAGCCACAAGGUUUUCAGGCUGGGAGCCUGCAAUUACAGACUGGUUCUCAGGUUUACCCAGAUUUAAUGACUGGUUCAAUGAUGACAAAUGCUCAACAGACCCAGCAGCAACAGCAACAAAUGAUGAGGCAACAACAGUUGAAACAGCAACAAAUGAUGAAACAGAUUCAACGGCAACAGCAACAGUUUCAGAAACAGCAACAGCAGCAACUACAACAGAUACAGCAACAAUUUAUGCAACCAAUAGCUGCAGAUACCUCACUGUUUGGUGUGGGAAACUCACUUUUCCAGGAUGACAUGAGUUUUGGACUCGGAGGUCAGCUUGACAUUGAUGCUCAAUCUAAGAUACGUCGCCUUGAGGUGGAGCUACAGUAUGCGAAGGAUAUUCUCACAAGCACCAAGGCGAGAUACGAAGAGGAGAUACAGGCCAUUGAUCAGUCUUACAAAAACAGACUAAAGAUACUGGAAGAAACAAACAGCAAGCGAGAAGAAAGAUGGCGUACAGAGACUGAACAGCUGAUGUCACAACAGGUCACACGUGUGAGGCAGAUGGAAGAAGAGAAGGCAGAAUUGACAGCCAGCAUGUAUAAACGCCUCGAAGAUGCCGAGAAAGACAAAGCUGUGGAGAUUGAGAGACUUAAGGAGGUCCAGAGGCAAGCACUUGAGAACAUAAAGCGAGACCAUGACGAGACGCUUGUUAGACUUCGAAGAUCUAAGGAUCAACAGAUAGAUGCUGCUGCUGCCAGUCAUGAUACGUCAAGAUCUUUGAUAGCUGCAGUUGAGCUGAUCCAAAACAAUGCUAAAGAUCUUGGGGAACUCCAGCGCAAGGCAGACAACUGGCAUGCUCAGGGGCUGGAUGACAGGGAGAUAACUCUCAGGGCAAAAGAUGAACAACUCAAGAUGUUACAAGAUCGUCUGAACAAGCAGCAGGAUGAUACAGAGCAGGAACGCCAGCGUCUGCAGGAGCUUGUAGCGCGUCUAGAGACCCAGAUCAGGGAACAAACUCGCAUGCUGGAAGAGGAGCGCUGGAAGGUAAAGCAAGAACAAUCCAGACUACAGGGCCUGCAGAAUGCCAUGGAAGAUGAAAGACGGUCUUGGAACGACCACCAGGCACGGGAGAGGAUGAACAUGGAGAAAUCCAGGGAGGCCCUCCUAGAGGAGCAGAAGACAACAUUGAGCCAGCUGCACAAGGAGCGUCAGGCCCUGGCAGAGGAGCAGGUCCAGUUUAACAUGAAACAGAAACUUGCCAGGGAGGAGGGGGCACAGUAUACCAGCCGUGUCACUCAGGCCAAGGCCGAAUAUGAGGCUCUCUCCCGAGCUGUAGCAGAGGCCAAGGACAAAUAUGACAAUCUGAAGGAGGAGAACAGGAGGGAGGAAGAUCGUAUACAGGAUGAGAGAAGAAGGUUAGAGAAGGAGAGAGCCAAAAUGGAGAAGAAGGAAGCCGAGUUGAUGGAGUCAGCCCACAUGAUCAAAGAGAAAUCUCAGGAUAUUGAGGAGGCUUAUGCCGAGGGCACUAAGAAGUAUGAGGAGGGUAUAAUGGCCCUGGCUGAGGCCCAGAGACUGGAGAAUGAGGAGGGCAAAAGGAUCGACACAAUCAACCAGCAGCUCAACAUCCUCAAAAUGAAGGAGAAGGAAAUCACUGAGGAGAAGCUGCGAUUGUCGAAGGAGAAGCGUGAGCACGAGAAGUUCCGGAACACUCUGCUGUGUCCCAACUGUCGGCACCCGACCAGACACAAUGGUCAGAAUAUCAACAACACUCAGUCAGAGCCCCCACAGGGCCUCUUGAUGCCUAUGAAUGGCCACAGUCACCAUUCCAAUGGGUAUCCCGGCUCUGUACCCCCAGCCUUUAACCCAGCUCUUCAGCUUACAGUCAACACAAUGGAUGCCGUCACAGAAGCAAUCAAAUCCGACCGGGCUGUUCGACACUGGAAAAUGGAAGCUCUAAAGGAUCAGAAAUAUCUAGAAGAACAAAAUCUCUACCUUCACGCCCUGAAGUUUAUGCCAUACUCCUCUCCCAAGAGUUGAAAACAGUUGGCUGGCCUUAUCAGCAUUGUGUAUAAAACAUAGGUAAUAUGUGUGUAGAUGGGUGGCCAUUCUCCUUACCCAAGAGUUUAAAACAGUUGGCUGGCCAUAUCAGCAUCAGGUAUUAAACAUAACAUAUUUAUGUGUAGUUGGAAAAAAUCUGCUGGCAAUAUCAGCAUUGCCAUUUAAACAUUAGUGAUAGACAUGUAGAUAAUUGGCCAUAGUGACUUUUACAUUUAGGAAGAGAAAUUAGAUAGUGAAAUAGUCACCAAGGGAAUUUGUAUAUAUAUUUAUGCUGUGUGACUUUUCAGAAUAAAAAAAUAUCAACACGUCCAAGAAUACACAAAACAUGUAAUUGUCUGAUUGCUGAAAUGAGUGUCAUGAUUUAUGGUCAGUUAUUGAACUGUGCUUGUAAAAAAAUUGUGCCAAGUAUUUUUAUUAUGUAUUAGGACAUGAAAAAAAAUUGGUUGCAAAUUACAUUGAUUAUAACGGCAUGGGCUUUGGUAAUUUUACAUUAGGUGUAAGGUACAUCAGGUUUUUGACGAUAGAUGAAAUCAUGAAGUUAUUCGCUAAACAGCUUGAGCUCAAGUAUACUUUACAACAGUUGUAUUCAGGGUUUAUUUAUUGUAUUGUAAUUUUUUUAUUUUUUUUAACUUUUGAAACUUCAGUCCCAUUUACUUGAUAGCAUCUACUGUUUUUCGAGUUUUUGUAGAUGUUUAAGGUUGGGUGUAUACUGGAGUACAUGAUUCACGUAGUACAAGCGUGCCUUAUUAAAAUAAGUGUUAAAACUCAAAUUUUAACAUUAUUCUGUUUUCUAUAGAAAUUACUGAAGUUUACUAUAGAUAGUAGCUAGUUAUUUUCCCCGGAAUAUGAUUAAAACUAUUGCCGUCAUACUAUGGAUAAUUUAAGUGGACUCAGAAUAAACUGUUAAAGUUUUGUUUUAUUUGCUGUGUACUAAACACAGUGACACAGAAAUUUACCAGAUUUGUCUCCUGUAUAUACCAGCUUGACUGUCAUAGCGUAUUAUUUAUAGUAAAAUUCAGUUAAAAGGAAACAAUACGAGUUUUUAAAUGGAGAUGAUUCUUGCAGCAUCUAUUUUGAUUGCAUAUCUGUGAUAAGUUUAACAUGAUUUAUACAUAAUUGUUCAUGUCCAUGUGAUAUUUAUAUGCAUUUUGUGUAGCAUUAAGUGUAUCUUAGUUUAUUUUACAUCAUCUACUGUAUGUUUAUGAAUAAUAAAAUAAUAAUAAAAACAUAAAAUGCA